CCGCUUUCCGGUCUCCAUCAUCAUUACUCCAAAUCUAUCAUUCCCAACCGCCAACCUUCCCUUUCAAGUGGCGGAUCCGCCAAGAACCCUUUCAGUCACGUGUGACAAACCCGAACGCGAUUGAGCUCGCCGUCCGGCCAAUAUCAAGUUUCUUCCCCGCCCCUCUCUGCAUCUUUUGACCUCUCUCAUCCACACCAUUCUAUCUAUCGUCUGUGCCUCGUCUCGACCCCCUCGUUUUCUCACGCCACCUCGGCCACCCCCCUUCUCAAUUGAACGGCGGGGUUGUAGCUGCGCUAUGGGUGACGGCUCUGAUUACCCUAGUCCACGAAGCGAAGGUCCCGGCGGACCUACCUCUGUUCUAGUCACUGCCCAAGAAUCGCUCUCCCCAGCACCCAAGAUGAACGACCAGCUGUCUCCGAAUUUCAUGGAAGGGACGCGCCCGCGUCUGUCGGUGAGAAGAGCGCGGGAUCCGCCCAAGAACGCCGCCGGCCAAAUCUACUGCGACCAUCCCGAGUGCCAGCACUCGCCCCCAACCUUUCGCCGUCCGUGCGAGUGGAACAAACACAUGGACAAACAUGACCGCCCCUACAAGUGCAUGGAACCCGGAUGCGACAAGAUCCAAGGCUUUACAUACUCUGGCGGUCUGCUGAGGCAUCAGCGCGAAGUGCAUAAGAAGAACAUCAAUGCCAAGAAACCUUUGAUGUGUCCGUACGCCGACUGUAAUCGCAGCACGGGCAACGGGUUCACGCGUCAAGAAAACCUGAAGGAGCACCUUCGCCGCCGCCACAUGCAUACCGAGAAUGGGCAUGCAUCCGAGCUGCCCAUUGCAUCGCCCGAGCUGGAUGGCACCACGUCGUUUGUGACUGCGUCGGUGGCCCUGAAAAGGAAACGCGAUUCCACCGGGGAGGAUCCGACCCUCGAGCUUCCCGAAGGGGAAGAGAAUGGUGUGGAUUUGCGCAAUGAGCUGAAGCGGCUGCGUCGCGAGGUUCAGGAAAAGGACCGCCGGUUGGAAGAGCUGGAGCGCAUUGUGGCCGGACUGCAGCAAGCUAUUCCUCAGACCGCAACGUCACAGGGUUAGCAUGUUUUCGAGUGGUACUCGUCCAUCGCUCUUUUCUCAAUAUUUUUUUUUCUUUUUCUCUUGAUCUUUUCUAUCUCCCAUCUCCUCUUUCCCUUGCUCUCAUUGGCUCAGAAGCUCUACGUUUUUAUGGUUUGCUGUAUGAAAUUUGCAUUCUAUGGGCGUUCAUCUAUGCAGAUUAUGGGCCUUGGUUGUUUUCGCGAUUCUGUCUACAACAUC